AUGUCAGUGGAUGGAAGGCGCGAUAACGCCGACGACGACGGAUCGCCCACUGCGCGGGGCGGCGGAAGGCGUGAUAACGCCGACGACGGCGGAUCGCCCACUGCGCGGGGCGGCGGAAGGCGUGAUAACGCCGACGACGGCGGAUCGCCCACUGCGCGGGGCGGCGGAAGGCGUGAUAACGCCGACGACGGCGGAUCGCCCACUGCGCGGGGCGGCGGAAGGCGUGAUAACGCCGACGACGGCGGAUCGCCCACUGCGCGGGGCGGCGGAAGGCGUGAUAACGCCGACGACGGCGGAUCGCCCACUGCGCGGGGCGGCGGAAGGCGUGAUAACGCCGACGACGGCGGAUCGCCCACUGCGCGGGGCGGCGGAAGGCGUGAUAACGCCGACGACGGCGGAUCGCCCACUGCGCGGGGCGGCGGAAGGCGUGAUAACGCCGACGACGGCGGAUCGCCCACUGCGCGGGGCGGCGGAAGGCGUGAUAACGCCGACGACGGCGGAUCGCCCACUGCGCGGGGCGGCGGAAGGCGUGAUAACGCCGACGACGGCGGAUCGCCCACUGCGCGGGGCGGCGGAAGGCGUGAUAACGCCGACGACGGCGGAUCGCCCACUGCGCGGGGCGGCGGAAGGCGUGAUAACGCCGACGACGGCGGAUCGCCCACUGCGCGGGGCGGCGGAAGGCGUGAUAACGCCGACGACGGCGGAUCGCCCACUGCGCGGGGCGGCGGAAGGCGUGAUAACGCCGUCGACGGCGGAUCGCCCACUGCGCGGGGCGGCGGAAGGCGUGAUAACGCCGUCGACGGCGGAUCGCCCACUCCGCGGGGCGGCGGAAGGCGUGAUAACGCCGUCGACGGCGGAUCGCCCACUCCGCGGGGCGGCGGAAGGCGUGAUAACGCCGUCGACGGCGGAUCGCCCACUCCGCGGGGCGGCGGAAGGCGUGAUAACGCCGUCGACGGCGGAUCGCCCACUCCGCGGGGCGGCGGAAGGCGUGAUAACGCCGUCGACGGCGGAUCGCCCACUCCGCGGGGCGGCGGAAGGCGUGAUAAUGCCGACGACGGCGGAUCGCCCACUGCGCGGGGCGGCGGAAGGCGUAACGCGGCCGACGAGGAGGAGUUCCCCACUGCGCGGUGUGGCGGAAGGCGCGGUGUCGCCAACGAUGAGGAAGAUUUCCCUGUUGCGCGGGAAGGCGGAGGGCAAGGUUACGAGAAAAGGGAUGAAAGGGAGCGAGUCCGACGCGGAAAGGAUAUGAUCGCAGACGGCGUAUGGCAAUGGGUGAAGGUCGGCGGGCAGAGCGGGAAAAGCGGGAAGAAAGGCCAGACCAUGAGGAGCGACGCCAGCAGAGCCCGCCUGAGUGGGAGCGGGUGCGCAACAGAGAAAAGCGAGAAGGGGGCUGGGGAAGGCGAUCCCCGCACGGCUCCACAGCAGAAGGAGGCCAGCAGCGAAGGGAGCAAGAGUGGCGUCGUCGGGAACGGUCACCUGUGCAGAGAGAUGGACGAUGGGAGGAUCAGGAAAGGUGCAGAAGACACGGCGAAGACGACCAGAGGAGAGGUCCGAGUCCGAAUGGCCCUAGGAGGCUAA